UGGAUACAAUAAAGAUACUCAGAAUAAAGUGGAUGCCCACACAUAGAAGAAAGGAUCCUUCAGUUGCACAGGAGAGAUUGCACACUGCACAUCUGCUGCCACUCUCUAUGCAGUGCUCUGUCCAUGGACUUCUUGCUUGGACGCAGAUUGGGUGCCCAGGUGGUGUGAACAUCAUGGAACUGUUGCACAUCAUGAGGCUGAAGCCUUGGCAUUCCCACAGAAGCAGCCAGAUUGAGCACCUUAAGAAUGACAAGGAAGAUCUUCACCAACACCAGGGAGAGGUGGAGGCAGCAAAAUGUCAACACUGCCUUUGCCAAGCUGAGGAAGCUCAUUCCCACCCACCCACCAGACAAAAAACUGAGCAAGAACGAGACACUCCGACUGGCCAUGAGAUACAUCAACUUCCUUGUCAAGGUCUUGGGAGACCCAGGCCUGCAGCAUACUGCAGGGGCAGCUCGGGGCAGCAUCCUGGGAUUCUUCCAACAAGCCCCACACUUGCAGAACACGGAAAAGCUGACACUGAUUGAAAACUGCGGUGUCUCCUGUCCCAGCAUGAGCAGCAAUAUUGUAGAGUAUUGGUCAGAGGCAUCAUGUCCCUAG